UGGUGUCAUUGGAGGAAGCCCCUGUGGACUGCACUCAGCUGAAGCUCCAGACGCCAGCAUCACUGCCUCCUGCUAGUACUCGGUUAGCAGCCAUGGAAGACGACUUAACUCUCUUGGUGGCAAAGGCCAGGGUGGCUGAGCAGGCUGAGCGCUAUGAUGACAUGGCGGACAUUAUGAAGACGGUAACGGAAAAAAAACUAAGCCUGGUAGAUGAUGAGCGUAACCUCCUGUCAGUGGCCUACAAAAAUGUGGUGGGUGCUCGUCGGUCCUCAUGGCGUGUCGUGUCCAACUUAAGCCUCACUGAAGAAAAGAAGAAUAUUGCCAAAGAAUACCAGGAAAAGAUUGAGAAUGAGCUGGAAAAGAUCUGCAACGAAGUGCUGAAACUCUUGGAUGACAUUCUCAUUAAAAAUGCCACUGACACACAAAGCAAAGUCUUCUACUUGAAAAUGAAAGGAGAUUACUAUCGCUACUUGGCUGAGAUGCAGAAGAAUAAGGAAGACACAAUGAAUUGUUCAGAGGAGGCCUACAAGGCGGCCUUUGAGAGUUGCAACGAUAUGGCACCAACACACCCAAUUCGACUUGGUCUUGCCCUCAAUUUCUCCGUUUUCUACUAUGAGAUCUGUGGAAAAACACAAAAAGCCUGUAAACUGGCCAAAGAGGCUUUUGAUGAAGCUAUUGCAGCGCUCGACAAAUUGCCUGAGGAUACGUACAAAGACAGUACACUAAUCAUGCAGCUACUGAGAGACAACUUGACACUUUGGACCUCUGAAGGCCAGGGUGAAGGAGACGAUACAGAGGAGGCUAGAGAUCAAGGAGAUAAAGGAGAUCAAGAAUGAGCCUGACCUCUAUUGGCAUCUCAGUCUGCCUGCCGUCAUCCCAGCUCAUCUAUAUCAUAAACAUCAACACUGAGACCACCUCACCUGCAGCAGUGUUGUCUCUUUCCAUCUUUUGUUUAAUUUAGGAGUCUCAACACUCAUCUCUUUCUCCUAUCUGUUUCCUCUUUUGUAGUAACUGUGGAGAAAGACGGUUAGUUUAUUGUGGGGUGGGGUCCAUGUGGAAGGGGUUAGUAUUCAGGGUUGCUUGCCUUUCUGCUGAGCUAUUAUUUUGUGCGUGGGAGCAAUAGUGACAUUGUAGUAUAAAGGUUUGGGAGAAAGGUGUUUGACUCAUGAAUCAUGCAGCAGGUUGAGUUUCUGGAGUCAGACAAAAGGUUAUCGUGUAUGUAAUCUAUUCAUAUUAACUGUAUUUUUCUUUAUUAGCACCGUUUUUGAUGACAAACCUGUUCUUUCACAAAAUCACAAGUUGGCUUGUCACACCUGAGCAAACAGCAGCACUUGGUGUACUUGGCAAGAGGAAUGACAGCGGAGGUAAAGACAGUGGAAGAAGUGAUGGUGACAGCUGGACAAAGAGGAAAAGAUUUUGUUGGAACACAGUUUACAUUCCAUUAACUUCAGUUCAGUUUUCUUGAUCAUCUGGUUAUGUUUUUGGGUGAUGUGCUUUUUUUUAUUUUGUUCGUUAUGAGGUAUUGACAUUUUUGAUUAAAAGUGCACACAAACUUGUUAUUGCUGUUUUUUCAGCAGUAAGGAAAUCAAACAUGCUUAAUCAGGUUUUUUUUCCAAAUUAAUAUUUUGUUAGUCUGUUCUCUUCUGUCAAUACUUGCCUAUACAGACAGGUCUUGGAGAUGUACGAUGGAUUUUUUUGUCUGGCUGGCUAGCUUUGUUGGUGUCUUUGGAAUUUUCAUACAGAACUGCUAAUUUGGGAGAAAUGUGUACUUUCAUCCAAGAGGAAUAAAAUUUAAAAAAGAAAAAAUCAAGUUGUCUU